GCUCCAGCCUGCUCCAGCCCAGGGGCUUGUUCCCUGCCAUCGAGCUCUUUGUGAAGGCUGGCAGUGAUGGGGAAAGCAUUGGGAACUGCCCCUUCUCUCAGAGGCUCUUCAUGAUCCUGUGGCUAAAAGGUGUCAUUUUUAAUGUCACCACUGUGGAUUUGAAAAGAAAACCUGCAGACCUGCAGAACCUUGCCCCAGGCACCAACCCUCCCUUCAUGACCUUUGAUGGGGAGGUGAAAACCGAUGUCAAUAAGAUUGAGGAAUUCUUGGAAGAAAAACUGGCACCACCCAGGUAUCCCAAACUUGCCCCUAAGCAUCCUGAGUCGAACUCCGCAGGAAAUGAUGUGUUUGCAAAGUUCUCAGCAUUUAUAAAGAACCCAAGGAAAGAUGCAAAUGAAAAUUUGGAGAAGUCUUUGCUGAAGGCCCUGAGGAGGUUGGACAGCUACUUAAACAGCCCUUUGCCUGAUGAAAUCGAUGCUUACAGCACCGAGGAGAUCACUGUCUCCAGCCGGAAAUUCCUGGAUGGAGAUGAGCUGACAUUAGCCGAUUGCAACCUCCUACCAAAGCUCCACAUAAUCAAGGUGGUGGCAAAGAAGUAUAGGAAUUUCGAUUUUCCCCCUGACAUGACAGGGAUUUCCAGAUACUUGAACAAUGCUUAUGCCAGAGAUGAAUUUACAAACACUUGCCCUGCUGAUCAGGAGAUUGAAUAUGCCUACUUGGAUGUGGCCAAGAGGAUGAAGUAA